AUUUCAAUUCCCUCUACGGUUUCUUCUCAGUAGUCACUCUCACUUCCACUCACAUCUGUCAAACAUGUCAAGUUCUCACUGCUUUGAGAACCCACCAACUCUGAAUCCAAACUAUGGGGCAGGCACAGUUCAAGAACUUGGUGGUCUCAAGACUUAUGUCACUGGCCCUCCCGAUUCCAAGCUCGCCAUCCUUCUAGUUUGCGAUGCAUUUGGGUAUGAAACACCAAAUUUAAGGAAGCUUGCAGACAAAGUUGCAGCAGCAGCUGGAUUCCUUGUAGUGGUUCCUGAUUUUCUCUAUGGUGACCCUGCUGAUGUGAAUAAUCCUCAGUUUGAUCGACAUGUCUGGUUGAAAAACCACGACACUACUGAAGGUUGUAAAGACGCCAAAGCAGUGAUUGCUGGACUUAAAAGCAGAGGCAUUUCUUCAAUAGGGGCUGCAGGUUUUUGCUGGGGUGGAAUGGUUGUGGUAAAAUUGGCAAGCUGCAAUGAUAUUCAGGCUGCAGUUAUAUUACAUCCUGGUUUGAUUACAGCUGAUGAGAUCAAUGCUGUUAAGGUUCCAACUGCUAUAUUGGGAGCUGAGAAGGAUAAGAUUUGUCCACCAGAACAAUUGAAACAACUAGGAGAGUUGUUAGCAGUAAAAUCUGAAAUUGAGAGCUAUGUAAAGAUAUUCCCAGGUGUUGCUCAUGGAUGGACACUGAGGUACAGUGAUGAGGAUGAUUCUGCUGUGAAGAUUGCUGAAGAAGCUCAUUCAGACCUGUUGAAUUGGUUCACCACCCAUGUCAAGUGAGAGGGCAUUUUGUUCUAUGCAGAGCCUAAAACUCGAGUUUAAUCUGAAAUUUUGAUAAAAAAUUUAAAAUUGUAUUAGUGGAUCACAACAUCAAUCAAUUUUGCAAUUUCGUAUGAUUAGUAUUUUCAAUUUCUUUUUAUUUUUUGGGCAAUUUAAUGUAGAAAUAAAUACUAUGUUCAUACGGCGGAAACUGCUAUAUCUAAUCUAGAACUUCCCCACUUAUUCA